AUGCUCCAAACUGCUGAAAGAAUUAAUGGAGGAUGUCUGAUUCUUUAAUUUGCUGUUACUUUUUAAUGUUGAAACAGGUGGGUCCACUGUCCAACACCACCCACCUCCACUGCCGUUGUGACCACCUGACCAAGUUUGCAGGGUUCGUCCCUCCCAAUCCAAUCAACUUUGACGUAGCGCUGAGUGCAAACAUUACCGAGAACCCACUGGGGCUCAUCGCUGUCCUGUCUGUGUUCGGUCUGUUUCUGCUGGGAUUUCUCAUGGCAAGAAAGGCUGACAGAAUGGACCUCACAAAGGUGGGUCUGACUACACCGACUGGACACAAGUUAAGCCCCAACCCUGACUGCCAUUACAUAGUCACCGUCUACACAGGCUUUCGCUUGGAUGCCGGCACCACUGCGCAGGUUUUGCUCACGGUGUUUGGCUACCACGAUGAGAGCAAGCCUUUGGCCCUGCGUGACGACAGACGUCAGCUUUUUGGAGGGGGCAGCAUGGACUCCUUCCUCGUCUCCUCUGAGGAGCCCCUCGGACCGCUCACACACAUCCGCGUCUGGCACGACAACGCCGGCCUCAGCCCUGGAUGGUCUGCUUCAUUUCAUUUGACAAUGUUUAUCUUUACCAGUUGGGUACAACUCCAUCUGUGAUCUGUUACUCAGGUGUUCCU